CGAGAGAACGAGAGGAAGCGAGCGAGGAGCGCGCAGAGCGCGCUUUUCCGUCCGCCUGAGGAGCCGAAGCAGCCCCGGCCCCGCCGCCGCCGCCUGCCCGCCGGACAAAGCCGAGAGCCCGCGCCCACAGCCAUGUCCUCGUCAGCCGGCAGCGGCCACCAGCCCAGCCAGAGCCGCGCCAUCCCCACCCGCACCGUGGCCAUCAGCGACGCCGCGCAGCUACCUCAUGACUAUUGCACCACGCCCGGGGGGACGCUCUUCUCCACCACACCGGGAGGAACUCGAAUCAUUUAUGACAGAAAGUUUCUGUUGGAUCGUCGCAAUUCUCCCAUGGCUCAGACCCCACCCUGCCAUCUGCCCAAUAUCCCAGGAGUCACUAGCCCUGGCACCUUAAUUGAAGACUCCAAAGUAGAAGUAAACAAUUUGAACAACUUGAACAAUCACGACAGGAAACAUGCAGUUGGGGAUGAUGCUCAGUUCGAGAUGGACAUCUGACUCUCCUGCAAGGAUUAGAAGAAAAGCAACACUGAUACUUGUGUGCACCUGAUUUGGCUAAUAGGAUCAACAGUGAAAAGACAGAAGAGGCAAUACCAGCAGUCCCCAUUACAGUCUCCACCUCCCCCUCUUCCUCUGGGUGCCAAAUGAUGGGAAGAUGAGCUUCAUCUGACCAUUUCUUCUCCCUGUCUCCUGUUACCCUUCCCAGUUAAACAGGUUAGAUUGAAGGCUGUGUUUCUGUAGAGCUAAGCAGCCCUUAGAGGACAACAGUUCAACUCUGACUUUCCUAGUUGUUUUUUUAUUGAGAGCCACCCUCCUACCCUGUAAUUUUGUCCCACAUCGAAUCUCAACCUAUCAACAACUGCCUGUCUGGGAAGGGAUACAGAGGUUUGGUGGGCCUAACACCAUUCAUGUUCCUUACCCUCUGUCUCUCCUCCCUCUAUGCCACCUAUGGUUCAGUGUUGCAAGAGUCUGGGCUUGGGAACCAGCAGGGGGAAAUGAUAAAAAAGAGAGCUGCUUUCCCUUUUACCUUGAGGUAUUUGUCCCUCGGGACAGAGCACAGCUUGUGCAACUCUAGUAGCAUUACCUUGUGACACUGUUUUGAGGUCCACUUUCUUUCUUUCCUCUGGGAGGAAUGUCUUCUGUCUUUGGUAUUAUAGUUCAUCUUCCUGUUCUUUUACUUAGUGCAUUUGUGCAGAUAUUUUUAACUCUGUACAUCAGAAGAGAGCCCUUGGUAACCAGUUUUGCUCUUCUUCUGCCACUCUUCCCUGCUUGCAUCUUGUUGCUGGCAGAGUCCUCUUGUACUUCAAGAAAGCGAAGUGAUUUUGUCUGCUCCUAAAGCAGGUCCAUACCAAGUAAUAGAAGCACUUUAGCCUCUACUUGGUGGGUAAAGCCUCAUCAUAGUAUUCUGUCAGAUAAUGCCUAAGAAUGACCUCUGAAGAACGUUGACCCAUUUGAGUACCCGGUCUCAGUUGUCAUUUUUAAGUCCAGUGAGCAUUGUGAUAGUUGUUCUUAGAUUGCAGUUUCUUAUGUUUUGAGUUUGAAGUUGAUUUUCAGAAUGUUCUUAGAAAAGAACUGCAUUUUUUCCUUUGUGGAUCUGCUUUGUUUGGCUGCUGGAAUAGAUAAGCAUGGGCUUAAAAAAUGUAUUCCUCCCAGUUUUCUUGCCUUUCCUGUUGUAUUCUGAAUUUCUCUCCCUACCUUCCUCACUUUCUUCCUCUCUCCUUCCUUUCCUUCCUUUUUCUCUACCAGGCCAUUUUUCAAAUUUACAUCAAAGAUACCUCAAGUGUUGGUAUCUGAGAAUAUCUGUCACUCCUCUUAUCUGAGAAGUGACCUUUUAUUUUUAAGAUGACUACAGACCUAUUUUUAGAUAUGUUUUCAGUACAAUUUUGAACAGCAACUUUUUAAUUAAACAUCUUCCAGUGUUAGGAAGAUGAGAAAUGUUCAUAGGCGAGUCUGCUGUUCUAUGUCACCAUCUUUUGUCUCCCCUAGUCCCCCAGGAGCUCUUUCCUUUCCCCUCUAGUUUUGAGUGUGCAUGUUUGGAGUUUGUAGUGGGUGGUUUGUAAAACUGGACCAUUCUGCCUUGCUAUGGGUUGUUCAUGAAAGCCUCAUUCUUUUCUCUGACCCUUUAGCUUUUGCAUUCACCCUCCUUCCCACCUACCUCUCCUGGAACUAUUGAGCAGCAUAAUAAUCCCGGGAGAAUGAUUCCCCUCAUAGAAAGACUAAAGCAUCCAUCCCCUUAUAGUUAAGUAGCCACUGGUGUCCUGGGAAUUUCUGGUUAGAUUUGGUGCCCUGAACUUUUUUAUUAAGAAAUCAGAUCCCAGGGUGAGAGUAACAGCCAUUUGGCCAAGAAAGAAACCUGUUUUUCUUUUGAACUCUGAAAAGACCCUGUUUGUGAAUACAUUUUAGAAAGAAGAGAGAAAGGAUGUCUGCAGAACUUUGUUCUGUUUUCUGCUACAAAAAUGUGAAUAGUUCAGAGUGAAAACCUUUUGUGAUGGUUGAUGUCUCAGGAAUAAGCUGGAUCUCCAAUGUUUUGGGGAUGCUUUGAGUCUCAAAAAAAUUGAUAAUCAGAAAAGUAUUUUUUGUUUGUUUGUUUAGUGUAUCCCUGUUCUGUUUAAUUAAACUCCAAGUCUCAUUUUACAUAUUCUUGGAAAAACCUAAGUUGCGCUGUAAUUUACAUAAGAAGCAUGCUCAGGACCUCUCUGCGCCCUGGGGAGCCUGAUUCUUUGGGAAUGAAGCUUUUCGUUCUUCAUACACUGGCCUUGGCAUCCUGUGGAAUUUGACCCAACUAGCAGCUAGUCAGUCCGUCAGUGAGCGGAAGAGUGAACUCUUCUUGAUCUUUAUUGCUAUGUGUGAAAACUUGGCUUCCUCACUAAUUGGUGGGGAAUGGAUUUAAAGCAUGAGCUUUAGUAGUAUCAAGAUGCCAUUUUCCUUUUUCUUGCCGUCUUGGGGAGCUUCUGCAUGUGACCCCCUAAUCAGAAGGCAUGUUUUUAGUAUUUCUUGGGAGUGUCAGCUGUAUAAUGCGGCAGCUGUUCAAUCCCUUACCCUUCUCUGCCAGGACUUCCUUAAGGCUUGGUGCAGUUCUUUCCCAGAGGCCACCACUACUAGACAGUCUGUGACCUCCAUAAGUUGGCAUUUAAAAAAUAAUUUCACAGGGCAUGAGAUAAACUUCCAAUAGAUGAUACCUUUGUGUCAUGCCUCAUAGAAUUAUUUUUAGAACAAGCCAGAGUCCAUUGGGUGGUUUGCCUCUGCAUGUUUGGAGGGAACCUCACAGAUGAAACCCUUAAUGAAUGUGUCCUGGGUUUUUUAGAGGGAAGGAAUACUCUUAAGUUACCACUUUGACUGAGACAGCUCUUAACAUCUUAGUUUCCAUUUGUAGUUUUCUUUUUACGAGGAACCCAUGCUUCUAUACUUGUGGGGACAAUUGAUCAUAAUGAGAAGUGACUUUCCUUCAAAUUCCAACAGCAGACAUGCAUUGUCAUGGUUCUGCCUU